AUGGCAUUUCAACCCCCCGCCGACCAUCAGGGUCCCCUUUCCCAUUUGUCCUCCUUCGACAAUCCCCUUCUGGGGUCAGCAGAGCCUUGUGACGACUCAAUCCCGGACCUCCUUGGCGACUCCUUCCAGUUUCCUUUGGAUGUUUUCUGGGCAUACUUUCCUGUGGAUGUGAUCGAUUUUGACCAUUCAUUCAACGCUGUUUACCCUUUCUCCUCCCUUGACCUUAGGCCGACUCAUCACCCAUCUCUUUCAACUCCAAUCCCAGUCCCUCCUCCGGCACCGGCACCAGCACCAGCACCAGCACCGAGACUCUGCAGUCCCUCGACCCAAGCUUAUUCGAAGGCUCAUGACAUCGCAUCUGAUCAGGCUCCCGACUACCAUGCAUCCCCCAAUGCAGGAAUGGCAUCAUUACCAUGUGGAAUCAUUCGUCCAUCCCGGAUAAUUGGCGUUAAUGCUUACCCCGGCCUGCCCAAAGGACUUUCGGGGAGCGGGGAAGAUGAUGGCUUCCAUGUGGGAUCUUCAGGCUAUCGACAGCCUACUUCAGAGAGUCAUCCCAAAUUUCAAAACUGGAAUCUCGUGGCGAAGCAACCCAUGUCAAACCUGAACAGUGCAAAUCCAGGACAGCACCAAAAUCUCUACGGCGCCUGCCAUCCGAACCUCGCCCAAUCGUCUUCACACAUAAACAAUACACCAACCUUGCCAGAAGCUGUUUUAUCGUCUCUGCUAUGGCAGCCUGUCGGAGUCUCAGGACAUGGAAGCUGGACGGAUCAUGGAAACGGCAGCCUCCCCAUCCAGGAGUAUGUGGACGAGUCAACAAACACACAGAAUCAAUGGUCCAGUCCUCAGGAAAAUAUCUACGGUAGGGUGAUACCAUUCUGUGAAGGCCAUGAUGGACAUGGUGUGGAUCGUGAGUCAACCGGAUGCGAUCGCUCUGUGGGGUUUCAUUCUCCUCUUGAUGGAUGUGGGAGCCUGUUACCGUACUCAACAUCACGGACGCCGGAGUUGGGAGCACAGACCCCGUCUUUGUCAACAAAUGUCACCACUCCUGAGUCGACUGGUAACUCUGGUCCACCCACCCCGGAGCCCAGCUUGCCGGAAAGCAGACGGAAGGGCCAGUCAGCCAUUCUCCAGUUCGUGCAAUACACUGCUGGAAGCGACACAGGUGGUAGGACCUCCAAGAAGCGGUUGGCUUACGAUGAAGAGGACCAAGAUGCUUUAAGGAAUAUUGUCACGAAAGAUACCUUGAGGGAUCAAGAGGGGACGAUGAAAGACUUCAAGAUCGUCUUCCAUCAUCGUGAGAAGACUACCAAAAAAGGCCCGGCUGUCAAUGAGCCACUCUUCAUUAAUCGGGAAACGGUCUUCCAGCUUGCAGAUUUCUCGAAACCAGACGUUGGCGUCAUUAAGCUGAAGCUUACACAGAAGAUCGGCGACCAUCGUCUGGUUGUUCAUGGUAACAUCUUGAAGUAUAUCAACUUGGCAAAGAAGACCUACUUGCACACGCUCGAAGAUGUUGGUGGACUCACUUGGGAAAUCGUAUCAAUGGCCAUGGAAUACGCUGAAACUAACAAGGGCUCACUUGUUGAUACGGCCCUUGAUCUCUGGGUUGUCUGCAGGAUGAUUGAAGACCCGUGGGAACUACUGGAGGGCAACGAGCUCGGUGUUUCCCGUGUGGAUUUGCCUGGAACCAGGUUCCAUGGAAAAAUCCCAAUCCCUCCAAUGAUGGACACUCAACUGGACCAGGUCAUAAUUCAGUUCAUUCUUAAUCAUCUUCGAGGCAAGCUUAUUGGCCUGUUCGAGAAGAAUAUUAAGCCAGCAAAGCCGGAGACUUGGUUCGAGACCUUUCUUGCCUCGUUCAUCUUGCUCACGCACAUCGAACGGUUAGCCGCACAUUCUGUCCGACAUGCCGAGACCCACACAAUGCCGACCAAAUACUCCAACACCCAGUUCCUUGAGCAGGCGUUCAAUACUGCAAAGAUCAUUCUCUCGCGUUUCCAUUACGCUUGUAACGGAUCUGUACCGCUUGGUCUUGAAUUUAACUGGAAAGCCUCUCACGUCUCUUCGAUGGCCAAGCUGGGUCCUAAAGAAGUUGAGUUCAUGCAGAGAGUACAGAACACAUUCAAAGAGAGAGUAUAUGAUCUUCGAAAGCUCCCCGCCAACUAUGAAUAUGAGGCUCAUGGGCAUUGGUACCAUCAGCUAUUCAUCGAGGACUGGGACACGUCCCCUGUCGAUGUAAAAAACCCAUACGAGUAG